AUGCAUUCUCCUUUUUCUGAGGAAGUUGAUCAACCACCUUCCCAAACACGAAUAGAUCAGCUCACCUUACAACUUGCCGAGAAAGAACGUGAACUGGAACGCGUGUCCCAAGAUCGAGCUCAUCAGCUAGCUGCCCUGCACUCCAUGGAAGCCCAGUAUCGUGUCGCGAAGUCUUGCGUGCAUUCUGAGAAGGCGAGGAAAGAGGAAUGCCAGGCUAGCCUGCAGCGCCAACUCAGCCUUCAGGAACGCUUGAAACAAGAGCAUGAAGCGGAGCUGUCUCUCCUCCGUCCACGCGCAGACUUCCCUUUGCAUGUCCAUGAACCUGCCUACUCCGCAGCUGCAGACAAGCUGAAAGGUGUUGUUGUUCGCCUGUCUGUGCUGAUGCUAGAAGUGGCUGCCCUCCUUCGCUCGUUUGCCAGUCAGGAGACACCCUCAGUGGCUGUUCUACAAGCUCUGAAUGAGGAGCUAACACAAGGCCUAUCCUCUGACCCCGCUAUUUCCGCCGGUCCACAGCCCUCGGGACACCAAACCUCCGAGACGGUAGCUGCCUCGGUGCUUAUUGAGCCACCAGCCUCCAGCCCUGCAGACUCAGCCAUACCCCGCCGCUCUGAUCAACCCGCACCCGAGCCAUCGCCAGCAGGGCAAGUGCCUCCGCUCCCUCCUACUAUGAAGCUGCGCCUUACGCGUAAGGGCAAGAGAACGGCUCCAGUCACCGCAACUUCUCCUCCACCUCCUCGCCGUCAACGCGUAGUGAGCAUCUCUUCCCCUACCAGGUCCUCGGACACGAGCUUGACCCAGGAGACAAGCUUGGCCCGGGAGAAGGCCUCUGAUCUGGAGGUGGCAGACCCGCCAUUGGACCUGACCGCUCCGAUGCCCAUCCAGAGUGUAUUACCUGCCCCGCCUUCGUCCUCUGGUGAUCAGCCCCCAGACUCGCUAGCUCCCUCCGCCUCUCCUGUUCUUGGGCCUCCGAGCUCGGCCCUGCCGUCUCUGAACCUGGCUUCUGCAGACCUGGCCUUUAAAGCUUCCUGGAGGCUCCCUUCAGAGACCGACCCGGCCUAUCGCCUAUCUUUGCGAGAGAACGCGGCGCUCAAGGCACGUCUUCAGGAACUAGAGCACCCUGCGGCUCCCUCAGCUCCUCCUGAGCCUUCUCUUGGAAGCUUGGAUGCUUAUCUGCGUGCCGCCGGGGAGUCGGCGGCCUCUGCUCGGGCCAUUUCCCAUGCUGCCUUUGCUAAACUUCAACAGUUGGAGGCGGCUUUGAAGACGAGUGAGUCUUCCUUGGCUUCUGAAGCGGAUCGUCAUCAGGCGACAGUUUCUGAGCUGAAAGUCAGAGAGGCAGAGCUGCUCUCCCAAUCAGAGGAGUUGACGCUGCUACGGCAAGGUCAGGAGCUCUUGCAAAUAGGGUUGGCCGAUGCCCAGGCCCUGGCUAGUGCUGCCGCUAGCCGGGAAGUAGCCAUGCGGACUCAGUGGGAAGCGUGUCAAGCCACUCUCCAAUCCUUGCAAGCGGAGUUAUCGAAGGCCCAGGAAGCGGUGUCUCAAGGCCAGAGCGAUUUGUCCGUGUAA